GUUCAAAAGAAAAUGAAUUUUUAAUAUUUUUGCCUUUUGUUCUCCUAUUUGCAUUGCGGUUAUCACAAAAAAGUAACGAAAAAAAAAAAACAAAAAAAUUAUUCUUUUGAAGAUUUUCGCAAAGUAUUUUCAAAAAAUAAAUAUUUACACUUAAGCAAGAAACGAAAAAAAAAAACCAAAAAAAAACAAAAAAAAAUGUUAUGCUGUCUGAUAACUUUUCAUCAUUCAUGUGACGUCACAUUUAAACAAUGCCUUAUCAUUAUGCAUUUGUGUUGGUAAAAUAAACGAACUUGCUGCCAGAUAAACAAUGAAAGUUUGUUUGUGAGAUUACGGACAAAUGUUAAUUAAUUAAUGAUUAAUUAUAAUUUCGUGAAGCAUGUCACAAAACGAAAGAUUAUUCGAAUUAUUUAAACGAUCCAUAAUCGCUAGAGCUUUUUAUAAAAGCUCGUUUAAUAUUAAAAUAAAAAUUUACAAGACAUUUACUAAAUAUCGCCGAAGAUACGAAUAUCGCUUGAGGAUAGCAGCGAUAUGACUUUAAAACGCAACUCAUUGCGUAAGAAACCGAAGCCGCCUUUUGAAAAAUUUAAAGAUCAUUGUCGUUUAUUUACCGCAUUUCUCUUUAGCAAUGUCGGCAUUAUAUUGCUAGUAAUAUUUUAUACGAUAGGAGGCGCUUUUAUCUUUCAAGCGAUCGAAAUAUUCGAAUAUGAAAGACUUAGGAUAACGAAACCACAAAAGUAUCCAUUCGAAGGUAAUUAUACAAAUAAUUGUUUAGAACGUUUAUGGAAAAUUACCGCAGAGAAUAUAAGCUUUUAUGAUCGUUAUUCAUUUAAAAGACGAGUAAAUGAAAUUCUGCUGGAUUAUCAAAGAACUAUUGUACAUAAACAAUUGAUCGGUCAAGAUGUUGAUAAACAAUGGAGCUUUUCCGGUGCAUUCCUUUAUUCAUUAACAGUUAUAACAACAAUAGGAUAUGGUAAUAUCUCGCCACGGUCCGAUUGGGGUAAAUUGGUUACAAUCUUAUAUGCCAUAAUCGGUAUGCCUUUAUUUCUACUCUAUCUCUCCAAUAUUGGCGACGUUUUAGCGAAAUCGUUUAAAUGGACUUAUUCGAAAGUGUGCUUAUGUCGCAUUUGUCCGGGUGUAGCUAAAAGGCGUCUAAUAAGAGAGCGACGGAAACUAAAACAACUCGCCAUUAAUAGGGCGUUGGCGGAUUUAGAAAAUGCUCGUCAAAGUACUUUAAAUGCUGAUAGCAGUAGUAGUAGUAGUAGUAGUAGUAGUAGUAAGAGUAGUAGUAGCAAUAGUGGCGGCAGUAGUACGUCAGCUGAAAGUGAUAGCAGCGCUAACACAGCUAAUACCGAGACUGCGGCACCUCCUUCUAUAAUUAAUAAGGAUGUUGUCCUAACAAUGUUCGCCGAGGAAGAUGACGAAAUAGAUAUUGAGCAAGAAAUUCGUGGCAAUACUGACGAGAUUACGGUUCCUCUAACCGUUUGCGUAUUUAUAAUGAUAAGUUACAUUAUGUGGGGGGCAUUGCUGUUUGGCCGUUGGGAAGACUGGGAUUAUUUAGAUGGCAGCUAUUUUUGCUUUAUUUCUCUAAGCAGCAUUGGUUUUGGUGAUUUAGUGCCGGGAGAUCGUGUGAUAACUGCCGACAAGGAUAAGGUUGAGGUUAGUUUUAUACUUUGUGCGGUAUAUUUAUUAUUAGGGAUGGCCUUGAUAGCCAUGUGCUUUAAUUUAAUGCAGGAACAAGUCAUUCAUAAUAUGCGUGCAAUAAAACGAGCUUUCAAAGCUUGCUUUCGAUGCAGAUGAUAUUUAAACAAUUUUUUUGAA